AUGUCGAACAAGGAACCACAAGUGACAAUAAGAAAGGCAGGACGUGAUGAUGUGGACUUCAUUCUAUCAGACGUGGAUAUGGCUCUCGCCAACUCCCUUAGAAGAACGAUGCUUGCCGAGGUGCCCACGCUAGCGAUCGAUUUGGUGGAUAUUCGUACCAAUACAAGUGUUUUGGCGGACGAAUUUUUGGCUCACAGGUUGGGUCUAGUUCCGUUGGAGAGCGAAGAUAUCGACCGAUUAAAGUAUACCAGAGAUUGUACCUGUGAGGAUCAUUGCGAGAAGUGUUCUGUAACACUACAGUUGAAGGCCAGAUGCGAUUCUGAUGAAACAAUGAAUGUAUAUUCAAGUCAUUUGGUGAUGGCUAGCCCGAAUACUGGACUAAAUCUAGGCCAACCGGUGAUCAGAGACCCUCAGAAAAAGGGAGUGCUAAUCUGUAAGUUGAAGAAGCACCAACAGUUAAGCAUCACAUGUAUUGCAAAAAAAGGAAUUGCCAAAGAGCAUGCCAAAUGGUCACCUUGUGCCGCCAUUGGAUUUGAAUACGAUCCUUGGAACAAGCUGAAGCAUACAGACCUUUGGUAUGAAGAAGAUGUCGACAAGGAAUGGCCCAAGAGUGCCAAUUGCGAAUGGGAAGAGCCACCAGUGCCAGGAGAAAAGGUAGAUUACAAUGCCAAGCCUAAUAGAUUUUACGUGAAUGUGGAAACGACCGGAGUGUUAAAACCCAACGAGGUGAUUUCCAAAGGAUGUACAGAAUUACAGAAGAAGGUGGCCAACAUUGUGUUUGAAUUGGAUAAACUAGACCAUAAGGAGCAGGAGGAACGGGAGGAUCGGGCAGGAAGAGGACCAGAAGAUACUAUGGGUGGCAUGGAUAGCAUGGAUACGGGUGCAGACCAUUACUAUCCAUCAGCAUCAGGAGAGAAUGGUCAGUUCGAUACAGAUAUGAGUGGAUCUGCCGGUAGAUGGUGA